AUGUACGCAUUCAACUCACGAAAUGGACUUCCAUAUCCAUCGGUUUCUACAGUUGGGCCAGCUCAAAAUUUGAGGAAUGUGUAUAAAUGCCGUAGCUAUAAUCAUGGAGCCACAAUGCCCAUUCAUGGUCUUCAGAAAAUUCUUACAACUAGGAGUAACAACCGAGUAUUGUGGGGUGCCUUGAUGAUAUUGACAAUUGGAGCUACUGUAUACUUUACUGUCGUUAUGGUCAACGAGUAUAGCCAUUAUGAGACAACCACUCACAUCAGUGUCUUACAAAAUAAUAGUUUGCUGAUGCCAUCCAUUCAUAUAUGUCCCAAGAAUCCGGAAUACUUUGAUUAUAAGACUGUGUAUCAAGAUAUGAACGAUCGAGUAGGAAACUUGACGAAGGAACAGCAAAAGAAUUUACUGAAAUACUUUGUGGCCGGGUCUGGCCUUCAGAAUUCGGGGUUAGAAUCCUUAUCUAAACAACAAAUUCGUGAAGCCGGAGAGCAGUACCUCUUAUGGUUAGGAAACAGAACGCUCAUAGAGCUGUUCGACUUUGUGUUCAAUAAACAUGGAGUUAAAUGUGAAAACAUUCUGAAGAAGUGUAUAAUGAGUGGAGUGGAGUUCGACUGCUGUAAAGCGUUCAGACCUCACUAUGUGAUUCUACGAGGCAGAUGCAUACGGCUUGAUCCCAUAGAGCAGAAAGGAACUAGUGAAUCGGAUAAGCUACGCUUAGAGUUCAUACAACCUGACAGCAAGCUGAUCUCUAGAGAAUCGCAACGACAAUUUGUUUUUUAUAUGGGUGAUAUAUACCCGGAAAUAUAUUUCAUUCCAAGGUUUUAUCAUAACAUCAUUGCGUUUGGAGAGUUGGAGAUGAGGGCUCGUCUUGUACAGAUGCUUCAUCGCAAUGAAACGUGUAUAUCAUCUUCCAUUUCACGAGGAAGAUCGACGUGUUUCCUCAACAACUGGAUAUUGGAGAACUUGGUUGAACCUCUCAACUGUACGUUACCAUACUUAGACACGUUGUAUGUUUCAAGAGGCUUGUCUGUGUGCCAUCCAUCUCAGAUCAUUGAAAUCUAUGAUAAUCUUAUGGUAGCUACUAACGUCAGACACAGAUGCAAUCUGAAUUGCGAUCGCUGGGAUUACAUCUAUAGAUAUUCCGAGAAGAAUGCCAUUCAGAGGGAAGAUAACUAUGUGAUGGAUAUCUUCUUCACAGAUUUAAUGUAUGAAGUAUACUCAGAGAUUAAAAUGGUUACGUUUACAGGUUUUGUUUCACAAAUAGGCGGGCAAGCUGUGCUGUUCAUUGGAACUUCCGUUAUUUCACUUAUUUUUAUUGUUGAGUUCAUGCUCAAUAGUUUAUAUAAUUAUAUACGCAAGAAGAUGAGGAAGUGA